UUAAAACGCAGUCGUAGAGUGCAGGUGCAAGCAACGCAAAUCAAUACACUUCCAUGGCCAAGAUGCAGCUCUUUCUUCUUCAGUUGCUGGAAAUAAUAGCGGCAACAGCUUUGGUUGUUCUUGGUCAGUCUUCAUCUGGAGACACAAUGACCCCGAACAGCUCACUUAUUAAUGGCCAGACCUUGAUAUCAGCAGGAGGCAUAUUCCAGCUUGGUUUCUUCAGUCCUGCUAAAGAUUCAGAGAAUGGAUACUUAGGAAUUUGGUACUACAGUCGCCCGCCUGCAGGACAAAGCAUAGUAGCAUGGGUUGCCAAUAGGAACAGGUCUCUGAACAGAGCCUCCUCUUCACUGAACCUAACCUCUGAUGGAAAUCUAAUCAUAUUCGACGGAGAAACACUUGUUUGGUCGACGGGGAUAUCCACAGAAUCUAAUUCUGUGCACUUGCAACUUUUAGACUCAGGUAACCUUUUGUUGACGACUGAAAACUUUAGCAGGACUCUAUGGCAGAGCUUUGACCACCCAAGUGAUACACUUCUCCCUGGCAUGAAGCUUGGAUUUGACCUCCGAAGAAACACUUCCUGGCAGCUCGUGUCAUGGAGGAGCGACGUAGACCCUUCUCUGGGCAACUACAUCAACAGGAUGGAGACGCAUGGGGUUGCAGAGUUCAUAGCAUGGAACGGAACCACCAAAAUUUAUCGAAGCGGACCAUGGAGCGGACAUGGAUUCGUUGGCCUUCCUCAGAUGAAGAACAGCACUUUGGCAAGGAGAGUAAACUUCACAUUCGUAUCCAACGAAAAUGAGAUCUAUUACAUAACUGAAAACUUGGACCGGUCGGUGCUAUCACGGUCAGUGGUGAACACUGAUGGAAACUACGAGCGGUGGAGUUGGGACAACGGAGAAUGGAGACUCUUUUGGUCAUUUCCGGCGGAUGAAUGCGAUCAUUACAAUCUCUGUGGGCGUGGCAGCGUUUGCUCUUGGGGCUACUAUGCUUUCUCCUGCAGCUGCCUACAAGGCUUUGCGCCGGCUAGUAACGGGUGCGUGAGGGAGAAGCCCCUGAAUUGCUCCUCAAACCAGAUUUUGAAGGUGCAGAACGUAAAGGUGCCGGACACCGAGAAUGCCACAGCGUACGGCAUGAUGAGUAUGGAUGCAUGCAAGCGCUUGUGUUUGGGUAAUUGCUCCUGCGUGGCGUACGCUGUGCUGGAUGAGCCCAAUGGGUGUGUGACUUGGCAGGGUGACCUAUUGGAUCUAAGAUAUUAUACCGAUGGAGCAAAUGAUCUGUACAUUCGGCUUGCAGAAUCAUCAACAUCAAAGAGUAACAAGCAUGUGUGGGCGAUAACUAUACCAGUGGUGCUUGGAUUUCUGCUACUUUGUUGUAUACUAGUUGCCACGAGGAGGAGAAACAGAGCCCAGAAACAAGGAACUCGGAAUCAUAUCGAGCCCUCGGCCAAGGGGACCAGGUUGAAAUUGCAGUUUCCAAAUGCGGAGAACGGUGACUUGCAGAGCCUCCCUGAACUUUCUAAUUCCAUGGCUAAUGAUGAUGUUUCAGAGCCGAUGUCAAACGAGAUUGACUCUGAGCAUUCUGGUUACCGUGAGUAUAGAGAAGUAGUUUCAAUCCUCGCAUUAGGGGUGCUACCUUGCUAUGAUUUAUGUACAAUGAAAGCUGCAACAAAUGACUUCUCUAAUGAAAACAAACUUGGGGAAGGUGGAUUUGGUGUUGUGUACAAGGGAGAGUUGCAAGAUGGACAAAAGAUUGCGGUCAAGAAACUAUCAAGAUACUCUUCACAAGGCCCAAAUGAGUUCCAGAAUGAGCUAUCACUAAUAGCCAAGCUACAACAUAGAAAUCUAGUUCGUCUUCUAGGCUCAUGCAUUGAGGGAGAUGAACGACUCAUCAUCUUGGAGUAUAUGGAAAACAAGAGCUUAGAUCGCUUCAUCUUCGACAAAACAAAGAGUCCAUUGCUAAACUGGCAAAAGCGUCUUGAGAUUAUAAAUGGGAUUGCUCGAGGGCUACUUUAUCUGCAUCAAGAUUCUAUAUUGAGAGUCAUUCAUAGAGAUCUUAAGCUAAGCAAUAUCCUCCUCGACAAGGAUAUGACUCCAAAGAUUUCAGAUUUUGGCAUCGCCAGGAUAUUUGAAGGUGAUGGAGUUUUAGAAAAUGUAACUACAAGACCAGUUGGGACAUUUGGCUAUAUGGCACCAGAAUACUUAACUGAAGGAGUUUUUUCAUUUAAAUCUGAUAUAUUUAGUUUUGGUGUGAUAGUAUUAGAAAUCUUAAGCGGUAAAAGAAACAAAAUAUUCAGUAACACGGAUGCUAGUUUAAAUCUUUUAGGACAUGCAUAUAAACUUUGGAAGGAAGGCAGAUCUUUAGAAAUUCUUGACGAUACACUAGACCACUCAUAUCCUACUGCAGAAAUCCUUCGUUGCAUCCGACUGGGUCUUUUGUGCGUACAAGAUAAUUAUGAAGACAGACCAACAUUGACAGAGGUGGUGAUGAUGUUGGCAAGUGAGGAUCAACUUUUGACACCACUCAAGCAACCUACGAUAAUGUUAGCAAGUAGUGAAGGCGGUGCUACUACUAAAGAAAUUAGUCACUCAAUUACGGGUCGAUAAGCACUUCAAAAGCUCUCAUCAUCUACGUUUACAAAAAUAGACCUAGUUUGUGUACCAUGUUCCUUCAACUUCAACAAAGUGUGUGCGUGGCUGGCUAAUUUGGAGACUGCACACUGGCUGACUAAUUCAACAGUGUGUCAACAUCCAAUUAGAAAAAUAAUGGGAGCGUCUUGGAGUCAAUGGCUCCCUCCCUUCUCCUCGAUCGAUCCUAUGCCGUUAAAUGAAUCCAAAGUUGUU